AUGGAUGAAACAACGCAGAGUAGGACAUCUGAUGCCGCGGCGACGAGAAAGCGCAGAUCCUCCAUAUUGAAGAGUCAACGUCCAGCCCGCACUCCCUUCUCCGAGCUCGAAUUUAAUGUUGCCACUCCGACUGAUACCGCUAAGAGUCGAAGAGUCAGCUUUUCCAGAAGAACUGGUGUCGCUGAAUUCGUAACGAACGAAGCUACAACAACUUGGAAGAAUUUUUACGAGGAACACAACAAAUCACUCGAAUCUUCUAGUAAUGAUUCAGAAGCGAACGCGUCCAGACAGCCAGUCGGCCAUCUAGGGAAACGCAUCUUCGACCAACAAUUUGAGGAAGUGGAAGCAGUUGAUUUCAUAGGGAACAUAAACCCAUCACUCAUUGCCAAUGGCUCCCUAAACAAUGUAAAUUUUUCCCAACAACUCGCGUCCCUCGACUGCACAUCGGACGCGAAACUCACAGCUCCCCAAAACAAAUUCGAACUUAGCACGUUCACAGAACAGCAAAGCAAAAUAUUCGGAAAUGAUUUCAUUGCGUCGUCUGUCGGUGAAAACUCCGGUCGUAUCGAUGUUAACUUCUCAAAUAUACAGGAAAUAGGUGGUAAGGACGAUUUGGAUGAGAUUGAGAGGGAUUUAGAACGAGGGCCAGGUAAUAUGGGCUGUCACGGACCAUUCAGCAGUCGGCAAAGUUUGUCAGAGUAUAUAGAAGUGGACCUUAAUAUGACCCACGUCGCUCGCAACGAUGAGGAUAUGUCGAUCACAGAUACCAUUCAUAGUCCCGUCCAAGAUGUAUCAAAAAGUACCUCUAUAGAUAAGAAAGUUAGCCUCAAUCCUGAUUGGGUAGCUGAUAAAGAAAAUAUAGCCGUUAAUCCCUACGUCACACCCUGUGAAGCUGAUAAUUUCGCUGUCAAUGAAGAGCCGAAUCAAGUUCUAGUUUUCGAUGGUAAACGGUUAACUUUGCAGCCGGAUAAACCGGAUAUCCCAGAGCCUGAGAAGAACUAUAGACAAACUCUUUUACCGUCAACCUCGUUUGAGACUCCUCAAAGGAAGACAAUAGUUUUGAAUGUAAACGAUGACUUGCCGAAUUUCGUCGAUGAUAUGCUCAAUUCGAAAUUUGAAAAUUCUUCGUUUGUUAGUAAAGAUGGUGGUUCCACUUCUUUAGCUGUUGAUAUUACAAAGAAAGCUUUAGAUACAACAGGUAACAUUUCUAUGACACAAGCUCUCCCUACAAAUAUCAUAACCGAAACAGCGGUUACUAGUGAAAAUCCUAGUAAACGACGAACUAUAGUAUUCAAUGAAAGUAUGGGAAAUAUAUCCGUAACACAGUCUUUACCAGCGAAACUAUUAUGUAACACUGAUUCAAGCGAAAGACGUCGUACAGUAGUUUAUGAGAAUGAUACAGGCAACAUAUCAAUAACUCAAGCUGUUCCCACUAACAUUCUGGUUGGAGAAACUACAGACAAAGAGAAACGCAAGACUAUAGUGUUUGAAGAUGAUCAAGCGAAUAUAUCCGUCACGCAGGCGUUGCCUAGCAACGUUAUCCUGGAUAAUAAAGUUAAAGAAAAGAGAAAGACAAUCGUUUUCGAAGAUGAUGCUGGCGAUGUGUCUAUCACGCAGGCUGUGCCCGCUAAUAUAAUGUUACCUGAGAAACCAGCGCAAGAGAGACGCCGCACGAUCAUUUAUGAAGACGAUGUUGGUAAUAUAUCAGUUACACAAGCUUUACCUACGAAUUUAAUCCUCGAACAGGCCAACUCCGUCCCCGAAAGGAGACGAACGGUCGUCUACGGAAACGAAACGGGAAAUAUCUCCAUCACACAAGCUCUGCAAUCAAAUGUUAUUCUAGAACGAGUUCAAAUUACCGAUCAAUUUAAUUUCCUUAAUAGAAGCACACGAUCUCCACCACCUAAAGAAAAUGACACUAGACGACGGACUAUUGUCUACGAAAAUGAUACUGCCAACAUUUCCAUAACGCAAGCGAUUCCCGCCCCAAUUAUAGCUGAGAGUAGCGAGGAGAAUUGCAAGUCAAGUGGCGAUGAUAUGUCUUUUACUAAGAUACCAGAGAAUCCCAAACGAACUACUAUAGUCUUUGACAAAGAAGACAAUGAUGUAUCUAUGACUGAAGCUAUCUCCACCAACCUUAUUGAUGAGGCGGUGAAUAAGAGAAAUACUAUUGUAUUUAAUAAUGAUGACGCUGACGUAUCGAUGACUCAAGCGUUACCUGCCAAUGUUUUUCUACUCGACAAACUGGAUUCAGCAGUCGAACAGACUGUGAAUCUACCAGAACCGGUCGAAGAAAAAGACGAGAAUGUGAUUAACUAUGAGACAUACGAAGAAAUGCCGAUGGCAAAGGAAGAAACGCGUUUAGAGAACAGAAAGACUGUACAUUUCCCUGAUGACGAUAGUAGUCAAAUACCCAUAACAGAAGCUACUUCGAAAGUUGAAAUGCAAGAAGAGGAAGUUAGGAAAACCGUUAUAUACGACAAUGACGUUAGCUGCAACAUGUCUAUGACAAAACCAAUACCAGCAGAGUUGGUUCAUAUCGAGGAUGAAAUGAUGGACAAAUCAAAGUGUCCGGACAUUCCCGAAUUUGGGAGUCUGACCAAUCGGCUGACAGAUGUUGUAGUGUACCAAACUUCAACUACAUAUAGCGCGCCGCCAACUAUAACCGAACAAGGGGAUCUGAAAAGUAAAUCUUUGAGUAGCACGACUGACUCCAAACUAACCACUUCAGAUAAUAAAGAUUAUCCCGAGUUGCCGCUAGAAGAGUUGGGCAGUGAGGACGUCUCGCUCUUGCACCCGAGAGUGGACGAACGAAGCGACCAAUUUGAUCUCAAGCCAGAUUCUUCAGCAAUGGACGUUGAUGAAAAAUCAAUUGAAGCCACUGAAAGCAAAACUACAAGCGUAGAAGCGAAGGAACCUGUAAAAAUCGAGAGCAGAAAUUCUGUACUCGAUGCUCUACUCGAUAUGUCCAACACAGAUGUAUCUGGUUCAGAGGAUAAAGAUUUCAUGACCCAGUUUGACUCGGUGCAGUCUGUUUCAGAAAAGAAGGAAGAAAAGAACAGUAACAUAUCCAGCGAAAGCAUGUUUUAUAUAACAAAAGAUAGCGAAGAUGACACACAGACGGACAAAGAUGAGAAUAGUCAUAACUCAGUCCCUCCACUUAAAGAAACUCCACAAAUUUCAACAGAAUACAAAGAAGAUGACGAAGUUAUUCAUGUCCUUGAAAAGAAGAUAGAAGAAUUAAAAACAUCGGUGACAGAAGUAAAAGAUUCUACAAUAAACGAUUUCUACGAGAGAGUAGUCAAGUCGGACCAAGAAGCGGUCAGAGAAGAAGAAAAAAUAAAAAUACGAGAACAAAGUGAAAUAUUCAAGAAAGCUAACGAUACCAAGGAAUUACUGGACAUGAUAUCUGAUUUUACUGAGAAGGACGAAGAAGAAUAUGAACCGGUUGUCAUUAAAGUUAAAACCCAACCUGCUGAAGAGGAAAAGGUCGAGGUUAUUGAGCCUAAGAGGAUGAGUUUUGCUCCAAAGCGUCAGUCUAUAGUCCUGAGCAGAGAAGAUUUGUUGAAUAACAUAUCUAUGGCGCAGGCAGCGCUGCAGAAGUCGCGGCUAGCGCUCGAUGACAGCGAAUGCGCAGAUGACACAAAAGAUUCUUCUACUGAUUCGUCUAAAAAGUCCGAUCAUACGAGCAAUGAGGUCGUAAAGACUCUUAACUUUGAUGACGAGUCCAUGAGCGAAAACGACUUCAAAUCCGAUAGUAAAUACUCCCCCCUAAAGAAAACUGCUUUCGGGGAAACUUCGUACAUGAUGGAAAGUAAAGCGAAAGUCAUUCCGACUUACCUAAAAGACGUAUCGGAUGGUAUAAAGGAACUCAUGCUAGAUUUAGUUAAGCCUAUGGCUGAUAACAUACCAUUCGACGGCGGAGCUGACAAAACCGUUAGGAAAAAUCCUUCAACACAGAGCAUGCAAAUACAGGCCAACUUGAUAACAUCUAGUCAAGUCGACAUCGAUUCCGAGAUGGAAUCGUGCCUCGAAUCGAACUACGAGUCCCAUAAAAUGAGUUCGCUGGCUGGUCAUACUCUGAACAAAUCGAGAUCCCGUUCUUUUAAGAGCCCCAUUAAGUUUACCUCGAAUUCUUCUGAAAAGUCGUCUGAGUUUGAAGUUCAGAGUCCCCGACAGACGCACAUGUAUUCCCGCAUGGCUGUGGAACAUCCGGUUUCUCCAAAAGUGCUUGUAUUCGAUCACUUGAAUCCCUUAAAUAAUAUUUUGCUUAGUACAAUGGACUAUGCCGAGGCUCACAAGUAUAAUCCUAAUAAAUCGAAUGAUACGUUGUGCGAAUCGGAUCCCAGCCGAACGGCUUUGAUUCACUUUAAAGAUGACCCUAAAACUGAGCCCGAGUUUAAUCAUGUGAUGAUGCAAUACUGCGUAGAUUCAAGGCCGCACGCGAUACAAGAGGAAGAUGGUAGAGAUCAGAAAAGUAUGCACUCAAGUAUGAGUAGAGCUACGUCAAAGGACCAGUCAAUAGAAGCUCAAAUGUUGCAAGUAAAAGACAAUGAAGCCAACACUUUGAUUGCUAUGAAAGGGAACAAGGAAUUGCUCGAAGCUAAUUCUGACCUAACAUUAGUAGAUGAUGCUCUCACGCCUCGUCAUCGUGGGGAUAUAAACAGCCAUUCCACAUCGCAUACCCACAACGACUUGACCGCAUGUCGCAAAUCUAAAUCUCCUGUCAAAACUGACGAAGAAGAAGCUGAAAAUGAAAAAUCAGCAACAGAAGAAUUAAUGGAACACUCAAAUCUAUGCACGAAAGCCAAAAAACGUAUAUACAGUCCGAAUGAUAAGGAGAAAUACAAAAAUACCCAAUCUGUUUUAGAAGUCACGCCCAAACCGAUCACGAAGAUAAAGAAAAUAUCGAUAUCACCCAAAAUUAAUAAAGUCCAAAUUAACGAAGACUUCAAACUUAUGGCUGCUGAGAAAGAUACGACGGAACCGUUGUCUGAGAAACAAGCUAACAAGUCAAAGAUAAUUGAAAAACGGUCGCCUAAGAAGGAGAAAACGGCCCCCGGGAACAUAACUGUUCAACAAUUAAUAACUGAAUAUCGUACGGUGGAUUCUGGAAUCGAUAAACAGUUACUAGAUGCAUUGAAACCUAAGUCUGAAUGUUCGAAAGCCCCGUCUCAAUCUGACGUGAUGGAUUCUAACAGUUUAGACAUCGUAAGCUCAUUUACAAGUAGUAAGAAUUUGAAUGCUGCAAUGGAUAUCCAUAGUUCAUCCACGACGCAUUCUCAGUUCUCCCAAGACAUGCAAAUGCCUGGCAAGAUGGAAUACAACCCGGAUAUCAUAAGUUCUGUUAGUUCUAAUUUGAGUGAAACGGAUUCCGGAGUCAAUGUUGUGGCUAAGAUCGAUAUGCUGCCGUUUAUGGGGAGUCACGAAUGCGAAUGGGAGUCGUCAUCAGCUGAUACCUGGUCAUUCCGCCUCCUACACGGCCGGCUCCGCUUGACCGCUCGACUGGCGCACCGACUGGACAACUCUGCCAGGACGAGGGUACGGGGAGACACGCCAGUGCUGGAUAUAAAUGUGGAAACUGUGCAGCAGGACAAGAAGAACCCAGUAGCAACUCUGUGUGUCCGUUUCGCUUGCGAGACGAUGCGUUACAUGGUGUCGCGCGCAUGUCGCGGCCCGAGUUGCGUGGCGUCAGAUAUCCCGCCGUUGUUGCGUCGCUGCGCCGCCGUCGCUCGCGUCGCUCUGCGCUGGGGACGCGCUAUGCAUGACGCCAAGUUGCAUCUAGCUUAUACGUUGGACAACGAUGGAUAUUUGACUUUGAAGGUGGCCAAUAUUCCCCUGCGUUCUGUAUGGGAGGUGUCGAUGCGCGUUGAGUUAGUGGCGGAGGACGCGCGGACGGCGCCGUGGCCGCGCGCGUGCAACGUGCGCGUGGCGCGCGUCGUGUCGGACGUCAGCGUGCACGAGCACGAAGUGCGCCGAGUGCUUGCGAACACGCCCAGGGAUUGGGGACACGCGCCCAGGACUAUCUGGCGAAUAUUCCGAUAUUUGAAACACAAGACGCGGGACGACGAUCUCUUAUUAGCGUAGCGGAUGCUGCAUAUCAGUGAUAUCUUCAACAAAUUGUUCUCACAAAAGCGAUAUUCUUGCUCUGGACAUAUUUUACCAGAACUUGUUUAGCUGUAACCCGUGUCUUUGUCCGUGUGAAUUAGCCAAUAUCUCUCUCUAUAAACUUCCAAUUAUAUGUAUGCAAGAUAUCAAAAAUUCUGUUCGAGGAAAUAAAGUUUAAUAAUGUACUAAACGAACAGGGCCUCGAGUCUGCUAUUACAA